AUGACCCACACCUUCCAAAGAGGUGAUAAAAUCUUUGUAAAUGGCAAUGAUGGCAACCUGUGGUAUGCUGUGAUCAAGGACAUCAGAGUCCAAUGCUUGAAGAAAAUACAGAAGGCAUGGAUUGAAGUGCAGUGGUACUACAGCAGGAGUGAUAUAGGAGACAAAAAAAUGAGAAAAUACAUUGGCAACAAUGAGCUGGUUCUAUUGGACCACAAUGACAUCAUUGAAUUACAGGCCAUUGUGUCUUGGAAGCUCAUGGAGAGCAUAGUGCUGGCAGACAUCACACCCUUCAGUGCAGAAAGGUGUUUUGGUCCUCUGAUAGGACCCAAGGAUAUGUAUACAUGGUGGACUGUGAGCACACAUGGUAAACAAGUCAUCCAGGGUCCCUUCCAUGCUUGCUCUGUCUGUGAAAAACCAUAUAACCCAGACAAAGCUCAACAAUGUUGUUUACAGAAACUUGCAAAAGAAAGCACCAGACCCCUGGACAUCACAAAGGAAGUCCUUAAUGGGACAGGUCUCUCACUGCAGGAUAUUCAGGGUCCGCAUGCAUCUAGUGAGACUACCAAGCAACAAGCACAAGUUCAGCAAAAGCAGUUAACAAAAUUAGGUGACUGGUUGCUUAUCUAUGUCCCCACAUGCAAAAUAAGUGCCCAGCUGCUUAUUGGCACUGAAGGGAAGCUACAGGGUACUAGGCAACUGCCAUUCAAGUAUGCUAAUAGCCUUAGGGCUCACAUCCUGAAGGCUGGGACCACAUGGAUUGGUGAUAAUACCAAGGGCAGUACACCCACAGGAAAGCUUGACUUUACCCAUGGACAAGGUCCUGAAUCUCAACCCAGCAAGGCAAAAAGAAGCUUGGAGCAUGCAAAGGAUAAUGUGUUUGUCCCAGGUGCUGGUCCUAGCAUGAGCAGGGCCAUCAUGGACUUGGAGGACCAUGAUAGCAUUGAGGAUUACACAGAUGAGAUAUCCCAUGAUUUGGGUAGCAUCCCAUCUCCCCCACAACCUCAUGGUUGGUUGGUUCAACAAGACCACAUAAUGCAUUCACCCACACCACCUGAGCCACCAACUAACACAAUGGUAACUCCCCAGGGCUCACCAUCAGUGCAGACCCAUCUGGACAUCCACAUGGUGUCACCUGGGUCUGAGAGGCUGGGCCCCUCCCCAAAUUUGCCAACAGUACCACUGCCAUCCCUCAUGUCAGUGAUCCAAUCUCACAGAGAUGAUGACCCCAGAAAUAUGGCAACAACUUCUGCUGAAACUGCUACCCAUACCCUGCCAGGCCCCACAAAUGGACUUUAUCACCAUCCAUAUCUGGAAUCACUGGACCUGGCAGUGAAUGCAGAGUUCCACUUUCUGACAUGUCAGAUCUGUGAGGUUGCAUUGGCAACAGAAGAAGUCAGAAGCCAUCUAACCAGAGUACAUGGCAGGCCACAUGCCUACAAUGAUGGUCAGUUCCAGUUGGCUAUCAAAUCAUUGGCAACAGUGGCAGGACUGCCUGCCACCAUCACUGGACCUAGGUCACUGGUCCAUGGUCUGAAAGUCCACAAUGGCCUGGCAUGCAAUCACUGCCCUUUCUUGUCAAGGUCAGAGGAACGGUUGCGGAAACAUCACUCCAAAGACCACCCUACCAUUCCCAGGCCCAGAGCUUGGAGAGCCUGCCAGAUUCAACAUCUGAAGGAGUCAUCUGGAGACCUGCAAGUAUUUUGGGAGGUGGAAAAUGCAGGAGUGGACACUCAACAGACACUGCAAGAGGACCUAGUCAACUCUUUUCUCAAAGAACUUGAGCCCAUGCUAGAAGUGAUCCAAACACCACUGGAUGGUUGCAUGGUAAAUCCCUGGCUGUUGACAACAAGAUGGCAUGAGCAUGUUGCUGGCCAAAACAUCAGACAACUGUGCAGCCUGGUUUCCUUGCCCAAAGCCAAGGAUGGGGACAUUCCUGCAGAACUGAGGGAUGCUGUGGAUGCAUACUAUCAACAGGCCCUCUCUCUCCUAAAUUGCACAGAAGAGCUGGUCCUCCAAAGAUUGAACUCCCCUGACCCAACCAAAAGUGGCAUCUCCAAUACCCCCUUGCACAAGCACUUACAUCAGGCAACCAUGAAGCAAUAUACUGUGCCAGUGGUGGCUCUACUGGCCAUGCUCAUCAGACAAGAAUACAGUGGAAAGCCAUUCUCUGGAUCCAACUCCAAGUUGAUGGAGUUGCUUGCAGUGCUUCGCAUUGACCCAGAGGCCACUGAGGAGGCAGUGCCUCUGAUUCAUGCAUUGUUAUUUGAGAUCUGGAGCACAGCAUGGCAACAUCAAGGGAACAAUGAGAUUGUGGAUCCCACAGAGAGGUGUCUGGCCCUACUCACUCUCAGAGAAGAUGGUGCAUUCAAGGAACCCCAUGAAGUGACCACCAAGAUAGCCAAGUUUGAGUACUGCAUGCGCCUCACUUUCCUCCAGGAGAUCCAUCAUCGUACUCAGUCAGAACCCCAAAGAGAUCAGCUGGAACAUUGCCUGGACAUGGAGAACUUUUUUGUGGAGAAGACUCGCUACACCUUCUCUCGUCUACGUUCCCUACAGCACAGAGCAAGUGCCCUGGCUUAUGAUACCAUGAGCCUUCCCCAAGUCUGGUGGACAGACACCAAGACAUGGCAGACCAUGCUCUACAGAGGGGAGGAGGUCCAGUUUUCUGACCUUUGCAAGGUCUUCCAAGAGGUAGAAGCCAAGCUGGUCCAAGUCUGGGAACAGGACAUCUUGAUGGGACAAGACAUCAGAGUGGGCUAUGACAAGAUGGCAGAUGACUUGGUCAACAAGGAUGUGGGCUAUUCAUUCUUGUCAGACUUGAGAAACCCUCAGCUGACUCAUCGAGACCAAUUGGUCAAGCGAUUCCUUGAAGAUGAGGGUACCUUUGCCCACUUUGCAAUGAUCAGGAAUGGGGCCAUCAUAUGGAACCGAAGCUCCCUCCAAGCAUGGUUGAAGAAGUAUGCAGAGAUGCAAGGCCUCUUGUUGCUGCGAGCACAGAUGCUCAGUGGUGCUCCAAGUCGUGGCACAGAACUGACAGCCAUGACCUAUCGAAACACACAGACACGGCCAACUCGCAACUUGGUGAUUCUUGGCAGGCAUGUCACCCUGCUCUGUCAAUACCUCAAGACAACAGCAUUGACAGGGAAAGACAAGCUGAUCCCUCAUGCCCUGGAUGGCAUCACCAGUGACAUCUUGGUGCAGGACCUGGCCUUGGCACGGCCAUUUGCAGAGAUUGCAGCCAAGGCAUGUUUCCCAGACAAGCCAGAGGUGGUGGAGCUGUAUCGCAACCAUGUCUUUGUCAACUAUGAUCGCCUCUUUGACUCAGAAAACCUAUCUGGUAUUAUGAGCAAGCACACCCUACCCGUCAUGCACUUUGUGGAGGACAUCAUGGACAUGGACAGGGAAGACAACAUAGAGGCUCUACAGGCAGGCCACAGUCGUUCCACAGAAAACCGGGUGUAUGGCAUCAGUGUUGAGACACUGGCUGGAGCUGCAGAGGACAUCCUACCUGCAUAUCUUAAUGCCAGCAUGGAAUGGCAAAAGCACUGCCAUGUACCACUCAGUGGCCAGUGUACAUCAUACAAGGCAGCAAGGUCACCAUCCAUGCCACCAGCACCUCAACCAGGCCCAGGUGAAAAUAAUGAUAAGCAGCCGGUCACCUAUUCUGUGCCAAUGGCAGAGAUCCAAAGGGCAGUGGCAGAUGCAAUGGUUUCCAGACUACCAUCCACAGAGGAGAUUGCAAACAGAGUCAUGGAAAAGCUGGUACCUGCAUUACAUGGGAUGUUGCAAGAGGUUGUCCAGUCAGCAAUACAACAACAAGGACCAUCUUCAUCAGAGAGCAAGACAGACAAGGGCAAAGGAAGAGAAAGGUGCUCAGAUGAGUGGCAAAUACCAGGGCCCAGCAUAAGUGACCGGUCACUUGUUUUUGAGCAGACCAUGGAAAGCUCUGCAUUGAAUGCAAUGAAGACACUCCUCAGGGACCCAAGUGCUACCUGGAAGUCCAAGGAGCAACACACCUGCAUGUUGUCAGUGCUACAGGGGAAAAUGGACCUCAUAGCAGUGCUUGGCACAGGAGCUGGCAAGUCCAUGUUGGCCAUAGUGCCAAGCAUGGUGCAACCCAACCAAGCAACCAUACUGGUGUUGCCACUCAACUCCCUCAUGCUUGACUAUCGGCGUCGCCUGGAUGCAUUCCAAGUGCCCUACCAAGUCUAUGUGCAAGACAGGCCUUUGAACUCAUCCACCAACCUCAUCCUGGUCACAGCAGACAAGGCAUUGACUUCUCACUGGAGGGCCUCACUAGCAGCUCUCAACCAACAAAAGAAGGUGGCCAGGCUCAUCUUUGAUGAGGCACAUAUCCCACUCAUGACCAAGGGUUAUCGAGUUGCCCUGCAGAACACAUAUCGACUGCAUAGCAUUCCCAUGCAGAUGGUACUGUUGAGUGCUACCCUUCCACCAUCUUGCAUCGAGGAGGCCAGGUCCACCUUUCUCCUGCUGAAAGAGACAGAAGUGGUCAGGCAAUGCACCAACCGGCCAGAGCUAUCUUAUCACUUGUCAAAGGUGCCACUCAAUUGUGUGGAAGACCAAGUCAUCAAUUUGCUACUCAAGGAAAGCUCCUACUGGGAAGAGGAGGACAGAGGGUUGGUCUUUGUCACAUCCAUUGCUGCAGGACAGAGCCUGUCACAGAAGACUGCAUAUCCAUUCUACAAUGGAGACAAAAGGACAUCUGAUGAGGAGCGACAAUUGGCCUAUCAGCAAUGGAUCAGUGGGGCAACCAAAGUGCUGAUUGCAACCACUGCAUUCAGUGCUGGGAAUGACUAUGCUCAUGUGAGGAUGGUCAUCCACAUGGACCGUCCCUUUGACAUGGUGGAUUACAUCCAAGGACAAGGGAGAGCAGGCCGAGAUGGGGCACCAGCAAGCUGCCAUACCAUCAUACCUCCUACAGCAGCCAUUCCAGACAUCCAACAUGGUGGGUUGGAGGGAGAAGCUCGAUGGGCCAUCUAUGAACUGCUAUACUGCUAUGGGUCCAGGAGAUGCCUGAGAUAUGGGAUGACACUCUUCAAUGAUGGGAAAGGCAUUGGUUGUGGCAAGGAGGAGAGCAAUGAAAGUUGUUCUGUCUGCCUAGCAGAGCCAGGCCAUGAGCCAUCAAACAUUCAAAUUGCUGGCACUAUACAGCCCCUGGGGGAAUUAUAA